AAAAAACCCAUUUGAUCCCUUCCUUCUGCCUCUCUGCAAAAACCAACACCUUUUGACUCUCUGUCUUCCUAUUCUUCUUCAUCUCCAUCGAAAACCCAAUAAAGCUUUAACCUUUACGUUGUUUCUAGUCCCAUUCCCAACACCCCAAUUCCCAAAGUGCCCUCCUCUUUCUCUCUUUCUCUCUUUCUCACUCCCUCGAAAUCCCAAGCGUUCAAAGAUAAUGAUGAAGAAGAAAAUGUGGCUGUUUUCUCACUGAUCUUCCUCUCCAAAACCCCCCCUUAAAUCCUUUUCUGCGCUUCCCCUAAUGGAAGGUAUGAACAAACCCACAACAAGAAGUGUCACUGCCUUUGGUGUAGCCAACGUUAUAGACAACACAGCUCAAAGCUUCCCUCUUUCAAAGCUCUCCUUCUGGUUCGCCCCAACGACUCGCCCACCUGGUCUUCUCUUCUCCAGCUUCGGUUCGUAGUAGUAGAACUCAAACAAGAACUAGAAGAAACCAAAAACAAAGUUUCAAUCUUUUGUCGUAGUUGACUAGUUGUGUUGCUCAAAGUUAGGAUUUUUAUGGCGUUUUAUAGCUUUAACUCAAACUCCUCAAUCGGGUCGGACUAUUUCAACCCGUUUGCGCAUCAUGGGUCGGGUGGUGGUUUGAGAAACGGGUCUGUGCAGGUUCUUCCACACUCUUUGGUGUUGGACAGUGAGAAAGGUGAGCUUGUUAAGGCUCCAGCUAGAGUGGGGAAGAAGGGUGUUUCAGAAGCUAAGGCUUUGGCGGCUUUGAAGAAUCACAGUGAGGCUGAGAGGAAGAGAAGAGAGAGAAUCAAUGCACAUCUCUCCACUCUUCGUGGACUUGUUCCCUGCAAUGAAAAGAUGGACAAAGCUGCAUUACUUGCUGAAGUUAUCCGCCAAGUCAAAGAAUUGAAGAAGAUUUCCCUAGAAUCCAGCAAGGGUUUUCUCAUUCCAAUUGAUGCCGAUGAAGUAAAGGUGGAACACUAUGACAGUGGGGUAGCAGAUGGAACCAUAUCCUUGAGGGCAUCCAUCUGCUGUGAGUACCGCCCUGAGCUUCUCUCUGACCUAAAAGAGGCUCUUGAUUCCCUUCACUUGAAUAUGGUGAAGGCAGAAAUGGCAACCUUGGGAAACCGAGUGCAUAAUGCAUUUGUUUUGACAGGCUUCAAAGAGGGAAAUAACAUUGCUGACGCAUACCAACUCCUAGCAAAUUCCGUACACCGUGCCCUGAGUUCUGUCCUCAACAAGGCCUCAGUCUUGCCCGAAUACUCUCCUCGGACAACGCUGCCAAGUAAAAGACAAAGAAUCUCUUACUUUGAAACCUCAAGCUCAUCCUCAUGAUUAGGAGCAAGAUUUGUUGGUGGCAGUGGAGAUGUGCAUACUGUAAUCUAGAUUGGGUUUCUAUAUUUGUAUCUUUAGACAUGGAUGUGUGCAAGAUCGACUAUUUGUGAUAUCUGCAUGUAUACUUUGUAUAACAAAGACUAAUAAAUAAUACCAAAGGCUAAACAAAGCUGCUUUAUGUA